AUGAAUGCACAAAGAAAUAAUGUUGAAGGAACAUCUGGACCUACUAGUAAAGGUCUAGAUCAAUUUCCUGAAUCUCCAAACUCAACAUUCUUUGUUCCAGAAGAUACAGCUGGUCCAGAUUUGGUUUUUAUGGUUCAAUUUAAAGUGAAUAUAAAACCAGAAAAGGCCAUCAGAACAACAGAUCCUAAUGCAUUUUAUGCAUAUCAAAAGAAAGAAAAUGAAUUAGGUGAUGAUGAACCAAAUUUCACAAAUGAGCCACUUGUAAACCAAGAAAAGAGAAGAAAAAUUAUUGAAAUUAUUGAUAAAAAGUUUAAGAAAGCAAAAAACAAUGGUAUCUUUUGGAUUCGAAUCUUGGUUGCAUAUCCAGCAAAAAUUCAACAAAAUAGCUACUGGAGAAGUAUUGAUAAUAGGUGUACAGGCACCCAUGUUUCAGAAUUAAUGAUAAUAAUUGAUAAUGAUGAAGCAAAACAUUUUUUCAAGCAAGAAGAAUUGAACACCUUGAAUGCUUUAAAGAAAUAUCAUCAAAAAAUCUCCCAAAACAAAUAUCAAUUUGGUUAA